AUGGAACUCGUUGUUAUUACUACUGAUUGGAUUUGUGUUAUUUUAUUUAUUUUGGGUUUUAUUGGUAAUCUUCUUGGUCUUGUGGUUUUUUCAUCACGUCGUUUUCGUUGUUGCUCAACAUAUGCUAUUUUAUCAUUAACAUCUUUUUCAAUUAAUUUAAUAUGUAUUAUUCGUUAUACAUUAUUACUUCAUUCAACAACACGACGAUGGUUAUCUGAUAAUAUCGUUAGUACAUAUUGGUUAACAUGUAAAAUUUAUCGUUUAUCAUCAUCAUUUCGUGUACUUGCGGCAUGGGUAACUGUUUUUUGGGUCAUCGAAAGAUUUAUAUAUGUUACAUCGCGUCUACAUUUAUUUAAUCUACAUGAAAAAUCUUGUUUUUUAAAAAAAUAUAAAUUUUUAUGUAUGAUUAUUAUUUCAUUGAUAAUGGUUAUUAUUGUUACAGGUCCAACCGUAUUCUUUUUUUCACCAAAUCUAGCAUAUUUUAAUGAAACUCAUACAACAAUACAAUGUACAUUUAAUGAACAGCAUGUAUCAUUAGGAUGGAAAAAUUAUUUUGAAAAUCCAUCGUUUGGAUUUAAUUAUCAUACAAUAAGAUGUUUAUUCUCAGAAUUAAUUCCAUCGUUAUUAGUUGCACUAUUUAAUAUUGGUAUAAUAACGUGUAUUUUAUGUACAACAGCACAUGUAAAACGACGACGACAACAACAUAAUCUUAGUAAUCAUUUAUCAAUGUCAACAGGAACAAUUUCAACAACAAAAAUUGCUGCUCUAUCACCAACAUAUCAAUAUGAUAGAAAUCAAAAUUGUCAACGGCAUAGUUCUUUAAAAGGAUCAACACAAAUAAUAACAAAUGUACCGUUUGGAAAAAUGUCUUGGAUGAAUAUUGUUUUAAUAUUACAUUCAUUAUUAUUUUUUCUAUCGUCAAGUAUGACAUCACUUGUUUACUUUUCAACAGAUGAUUUCAUGUUAGCACAUUGGGUUAGCGUUAUUAUACUAGCAACUUGUUCAUUAAAUUUUUAUGUUUAUUGUUUAAGUGGAAGACAAUUUCGUAAAGAAUUAAAACGCAUAGCGAAACAUUAUAUAAGACAUAUACGAAAAAUUUUUAUACCAAGAUGUUAUAUACCUAAUCGUCGUUCAUCAUCAACACAAAAUGGAAAAAAUACUAUCUAUCAACAGGUUUAUCAAACAAAAUAUCGAAAUUCUCCUGUUUCACCAUGUGUAAGACCUUAUCCUAUACGACAAGUUGUAUAA